AGAAUUGCCCCGUACCGAAUGAAUGUGCAGUUUGCUUAUAUGUGUACAGUAGUGUUUAUGCGUGUGUACAGUUCAGAGAUGUCAUGAAAACAAAAUGAAUUCAUGACCCCCUAUUUCAGCUCCGAAUGAGCCUUCAAAUUGUAUAAGCUUUAGUUGCUCGCAAAUUUACACAAUGUCAAUUAGAAGGAUCGUGCUAUACCUUUUCGAAAGCAACAGUUAAGUUAAAAAAACAAUAAUGGCCGAAGAGUUGUCUGGAGUAGCUGUUGUGAUUUUCAUAGCAUGCGGGGUUCUUACGUUUAUCUUACUUUUUAUAUUUGCGAAAAGGCAAAUCAUGAGAUUCGCACUUCGGUCUAGGAGAGGACCUCACAUUCCUGUAGGACAUGAUGCUAAGAAAUCACUGAAAAGAGAAAUCGACCGAACGAUAGAUGUCAUACCACGAAUUGUGUAUGAGCCUAAACUGAUCAAUGAUGAUGAUCCUCGGUACAUUUUGCAGCCUGGAACAGAGCUCCCUCCUUACUACUUUAGACUGAAAGCUGUUGAUGAUGUCAAAGUUCUAGAACAAGAAAUCACAAGGCAGGAUAAUGGAUUUACUCGCCAUCCUUCAGAAAAUCUGCGUGCAUAUUUACUUAAUACGUUGGCAGCUCCACUGAACGGUCUGGGUCAAAAACUAGUGCAUCAGUUUUGUGACUUAUAUGAACACGCAAGGCAUGAUCCAAGUGAGUUUGGGGACGAAGAAUAUCAAGUUUAUUCCAAGCUAUUUUUGAAAUUGCUGGAUGCAGCUAAGUUGCUGAAGUCCUACCCCAACAGUCGUAAAUCAAGUCCUAGUCGUACACCAAUGAAGAGAAAUCAAGAAAAAUACAGAAGUCUACUAGAAUCUAAAUUGCGAACAGACAGAAAAUUGGAUGAUGAAGUACUGUGUGUUAGUGAUAAGGAUCUUCGACCUACCUCUUUGCCUGUAUCAAUCGAAGAAAAUAAUGAGACGUCGGUGUAAUAUUUAUGAAGACAAAAUCAAUUGCUACAGUUCAUUAUAUACAAGAUUUGCUGAAGAAAAAUAGUUUACAACUUAACUAUUAAGCUUGAUUAAAUAAACAGACAAUUUCAUAAAUUUGGAGAGUUAUAUUAGUUUUUCUUUUCAGAUUUAACUUGAUUUGACUAAUAAUUACAACACAAUUACUUUAUAAACGAAAUUCAUUGCUCAUUCUAUACACUAGAAAACAUUGCAAAAUUCUCUAAAAACAAAUAAAAUUCUUUGUCUAAAUGCAAAUGUUUAAUGUUUUUAUUUUCAAUCUGUUUUCCUCUUAAUGAAGAAAAAAAAGAAAAAGAAAAAAGAGAGAGAACUGAUUGAUCUGUUGGUUUAAAUAAAAUUCACUUUGAUGAUGUAAUGAACAUAAAACAUAAUUCUGCCUGGACCCUUCAUUUCCUAUUCCCUCUAAAUACUACUGGCGCACAUAUAUAAAUGGAUGUUGGUUUGUCCUAGAUUGAUAAACUCUGACAGUGUUUGAGAUCUCCAUGAGACUUGACAUAC